CUUAAAGACCUUCACGUCGGUUCUGCAAAGGUUGGCUGUGUGUGUUCGGAUCCGCUGACACGCCCAUAAGGGGUUGAAGCGCCGGGCUUUACCGACCGCACUCGAGACGCUGCAAGAUACCGGACAGAUUCCUAAGGUGCAUCCUAGUCCUUAAGUGAUUUUCGAGGUGGAAAGGAAGCUAAAAGGAGCGAAUAACGGAAUUUCCCUCUAUUGCAGACUAUCAGCUGAGGAGGAUAUUGGAGGUGAGCGGUGAACACGAGCCAAUAUGCAGAAUCUGAGACUGCUCAUCUUAAGCGUGCUGUUGUACUCAGCAUUCUCUGCAACUCUGAAAGCCCAAGAAGAGUCUCAGACUCUGUUUUUUGGGGAAGACUUCCACAUCCUUGUUCCAGCCGAUGGAGCUGACGUGACGUUCAGGUCUUCGAUUGUCCCAGGUCGUGAAAAGCCGCUGAUGAGUGCUGGAAAGGUGGUGGAUGUUCGUGCCAAACUCAACUCUCUGUCGAGCCACCUGAUCUUGGAGAAUGUCGGAGAAAGUGAUGAAGGAGUCUACACCAUCACAUCUAACCAAAACCCAGAGGAUGUUACACGCAUCACACUCUAUGUUAGAGAUUGCUCUAGUGAGGUCAUCGUUAGGUACGGCUUAGAUUUUCAUGUGACACUGCAUGAUAUCUCAGAGCCAGUGCGUGUGGGCUUUCGCCACAUCACUGUGGAGGCCAAUCAGACGUCAGUGCCGGCUGACGAACUGCUGAAUGCUGAUGGAACGCCCAAGGAGAACUACCAGGACCGCGUUGAGAUCACUCCUCAAAAGUUCACUUUGCGUGCUGUUACAGGGGCUGAUGAAGGCAGCUACACCUUUAGUGAUUCCAUUGGGAAAGUUCAGAAGAAGAUCUGCCUGAAUGUGAAAGCACAUCAGAUAUUUGUGACCCUUUCAUACGGUGGCACUCUGAAAAUAAACCUGCACAUGAAUAGCUCCUUAGCUCGCCUGCAGUACACGCCUAAGUCUGAUAAACAGAUGCAUUUAAUCAUGGAGAACGGAGAGCUCAACCUGCCUCCCAACCUGGAUCUUGAAGGUCGUUUCUCUGUGGAGGAUACUUUGUGUUUUCUGACGGACGUGAAGGCCAGCGAUGCCGGGGUUUUCAGUGUGACUGACUUUAAGGGAUUCCUGGUGUCUGAUGUCCACCUGGAGUUGGAACCAUACAGGCUUCCUAAACUCUACAUUGCCAUCAUUGCUCUGGUAGCAUUAUUGGUGUUGCUGCUGUUGGUGUGCUUGGUGUCAUGUUUGGUGAAGAUACGCAAACGUGCAGCAAAGGCCAGAGCUAUUGAGGAGAAGGCCCAGAAUGCUGGCAAAGUGGAGGGAGAUGCCUUCAGACAGGUUGUGAAAGAUGCCUGUACCCGUCAGAAUGAGGAAGCCCCGGCCCUGUCACAGAAAGAAGACAUCACUGAGAAAUCACAGAGCACAGAGGUUAGCAUUAAGGGGUUGGAGGUGUCUACUAAAGAGCCAAGCCUUCAAGAGAGAAACAUGGAGACCAGUGACUCUGGAGUGGGUUUUAACACCACUGGGCUGCCACUUGACAGUGACACUGAUGCCCCCACAGCAGCUAUAGCAGAUUCAGAUGUAGAUCCAGAUGCUGCCCCUGAUGUCAAAGCCGUUCCCGACCAAACUCCAGAGUCAAAGGCAGAGCCUUCAAAACCAGCACAAACUUCUGAUUUGAAACCAGCACCCGUGGCCAAGUCGACAGCUCCUCCGCCACCUUCUCCCGAGCCCAAACCACCAGUUACACCUGAACCUGAACCCAAGCCUGCGGCUACACCUGAACCGAAAACGACCAUCUCACCACCACCUGAAACAAAACCGGCCUUAAGCCCGUCGGCAGAACCCAAGCAACCUGUGACACCUGAUCCGAAACCAAUUCCAAGUCCAACCCCUGAACCUCCAAAAGCAGUAACACCAACUCCUGACGCAAAACCAGCCGUUACUCCAGAUGCCAAACCAGCAGUUUCACCUACUCCUGAAGCCACACCAGCUAAAGUUGCCAGUCCUGAACAGAAACCCGCUGCGAGCCCCACACCUGAUCCCAAGUCUCCGGAUCCUAAACUGGUUUCUCCUGAGCCUAAACCAACUUCGCCAACUCCACAGUCUAAACCACCGGUCUCGCAGAUUCUCGACUCGAAACCAACCACAAAUGGUACUCCCGAAUCCAAGGAUGACAUCGAGUCAAGUGCACCCAAAUCUCCUGGGCUGGAUGUGAAGGGCACAACCCCUCCCAAAACCCCUGAUACUGGGAAAAGCUCAGUCAAAACUCCUGAGCUCAUCUCCAGUGGAGGUCUAGACUCGGCUUCCACCAAUGACAGUGCACCACCUACAAGCACUGAUGGAGCUGCCACCAACUGAGAUUAAAACCAUAGCCUCGUUCCUGCCUCCUCCUAGUGUAUUAACCACCACAGACAAUCGAGACACUAGACUUAACAACAAAGAAGAGCUAAAUGACUUCCUACGGGGGUGGGUUCCUCAAUCUUUUAAGUCUCACUUUUAAUACAAUUAACAUGCAUCAAUAGAAAGAUCCACUGUAAAUCCACUCAGUUUACUAAUAUGUAAUCACCCUGUAACAGAGUUCAAAUACAGAGAAGAAGCAUUUCAGACCUUACACCAUAGGCUAAUUUAAUCCAGAAUGAGGGAGGCUGUUUGGGGAAUUCCAAGAAAGUGUACAAAAACAAAUCUCCCUUCACGGAAAUAAUACAUCACUGCAUGAAGACACUGAGAAAAUAAAUUAUAUUAUCGGUUGUGUAAUCCAAGUUACUGUGGUUGAAUUUGGGGAAAGGCACACAGGAAUAUGGGACAUUAAUCAUUUUCGUUCUUUAUGAGAUCAUUUCUGCACCAUUUCGAUCGGUCGGAGAAUCCAGAUAGCAGGACUGAUACUGAGAAAGCGACCAACCUUCUUCUGUCUGAGAACUGGAAAAAUCUUGUGCCACUUUCACGCAUGCAAGUCAACAUGUCAUUUUGACAGUGGAGAUGAACGAGGAAAUUACUGGAAGUGCAAAGCAGAAGGAAGAAAAAUUUGACCAUUUGACCAAAAAAAAAACCAAAAAACAAAAACACACACAAUCCAUAGACUAAUCUGUGACUCUGUGCCUGGAGAACAUUUUUAGAAUCUUCUUCUAUCAGUCCAACCUAUGGAUGUUCUUCUCCAGAGAUGUAACUGUACAUUUCCCGUUCAUUCGUAACAAAAAUAUUGUUCUUGCAGAUAUUUCCAUGAUCAAGUUACAAAAAUCUGUUAAAAAAUGGUUGAUGAGAAACAAUUGAUAGCAACAGUAUAUGUAAACAGGUUUGCUUCUUUGAGUGAGCUGUGUUCAGAUUGAUAUAUUUAAAUAGUGAGUUUUCUGGUGCAUUGUGAUUGGAAUGAAUUGCUUCUACCAAAUCAGGUGAUGAGGAAAAUGCGACAAAAUAUUGAAUGAGUGCUCAGUUGUGAAGGAUGCAGCAGACUACUGCAAUAUGCUGUUACUUCUGCUGGCACCGUACAGAAUGUCUUCACUCCUGCGAUACAAACAACUGAACUGGCUUUUUAAAAUGCUUGUUUUAAAAUGCGUUCUCGAUAACACACGCCCUUUUGUGACUGUUUCACCAUCAUUUGAUGAAAUACUCCCACAAUCAAAAAUGUACUCUACAGAAAAUGUACACUCCUAAAAAUAAAGGUUCCAAAAGAAUGUUUUUGAAGUAAUGCCAUAGAAGAACCAUUUUUGGUUCCCCAAAGAACCUUUCAGUGAACAGUUCUAAAAAGAACCAUUUUAAAGAAGAUUUAAAAAAUCUAAAGAACCUUUUUGACUAUAAAGAACCUUUUCUGCGUUUGAAGGUUCAAUGGAUGUUCAAGGUUCUUCAUAGAACCACUGAUGUCAAUAAAGAACCUUUAUUUUUAAGAGUGUGGGCAUGUUUGGGUUGUAAAGAAUGGUGAAUGCAGGUGGUUAGUAAAUAAGACACAGGCUUUUAAUGCUGAAAUACAGUGCACAAAAGUGGCGCAAGCAGAGAAUUAGCCUCUGAAUGUCUUCUGUAGUUUAAUUCUUGUUGCUUGAAGAGCAAGGGAACCUGGUUUGUAAGAAGAUCUAGGUUGUUUGUGUUGCUACAAUAUUCCACAGAUAAUUUUGGAUUUGUAGUCAUAGUUGAAAGACAAUACAGUCUCGCAUAUCAGUUUACAUAUAUUCCUGGUGCCUCUGGUAGAACCUGAACACCACUGCCUGUUAAUGUUGUAUGAGUCCAGGAAACUGCUCCUACCACACUAUCCGUGGGAGCUGAUGUUAAAUCACAGGGAGUAGCGGGGAUGGUAGCUAAGUCGAUUUUCGUCUCAACAUCUUGAAGUGUGGGCAGAUCUGACAGACUGGAGGUUUGUGGGUAGAUUUUCUAACCGAAGAUGAUCACUACCUCACAUUUAAGCCUGACUAAACUACUAAACCACUAAUUAAACAACAUUGCAAGGUAUGUUGACAUUACGUUUUUAAAAAAAGUAGGCUUUUGGCAAAGCACAAGGUUUAAAAAUGCAAUCACAAGUUUACAAAACUCAAUCAGAUAUUUGGCAAUGCAUUUCCCACAAACCUCUUAAAAUGGCCUUGUUCCUUCUCAGCCUUUAACAGCUGUUUUAAUAUCACCGCAAGGAAAUGUCACUUGAGAGCCAUAUAGUUUUAACGUCACAUCUCAUAGUGUAAAUAUCACAAACCCUAGAUGUCAUAAUCUUAGGAGCACUGUAGCAUUAAACGAACGAUAUAUAUCCCUGACAAAAUGGAUACAUAGUAAAUAAUUCUGACUUAAAAUGGCUUAUAAGCACAUCCAAAACAUACUAAGUGAUGUUAAAGAUGCACUCAGUAAUUUUUGUUUGUUGCACUGGUUGAUUGGACAAUAGUCUUCGACCUACACUGACACCUAAUGGUGUGGAGGUAGAAUAAUGCAAAAGUGAUAGUUUUAGGCUACCCAUACCAUUGUAGAGGAGAUAAAGGGAUUAUUCAGCUAGUCAUGUGAUUUCAACAUGAGGUGACCCACUCCAUGUAAAAUAAAACAGCUGUUUAGGCUGAUAUUAUUUAGACUUAAACUUAAAAAAAAUUACUGAGUCCACCUUUAAAGUUAACCCCCUCCACUCUGUUUGGAGAGAGAAAGUUGGUAUUGAAGAACAUCUAAGCAAUAUAAAAAUGUGCGGAUACACACACAUACAUGUACACAUGCAUAAUAACAGCUUGUUUUUAAGUACAUAUUGUGAGGUUCUGUAGUUUGGCCUCUGAGUUUCAAAUUCUUUCAUUUCUCACAACAAUUCACAGGCAGACACAGCAGGGUUUGGUAUCAUCGUUUAUCCGAUACGAAACCUAUUAACUAAGUGUAGCAUGCUCCCUUCAGCUAAUCGCAUUGGUUGUUAAGGGUGAGCUUGAUUUCACAUGCCCUUCCUUUUCGUCUCCAGCAGAUGAUGUCACUCUUAAGUGCAUCCCGGUAAUGCACAUUACACAGUUUUCCAGGCAAAAUCGAUUUUUCUCUGAUAACUCCCUGAAUCAUCACAGUGUCUUAAAGCAGAAGAUCAUGCUUAAGAUAUUCUUCACCCUUCAGGACACUGCCAUUGAUAUUAGUCUUGUAUCAUGACAUGAUUACAGUCUGUUUUUGUAUUUCGUGUGUUGAUGCUUGUGUUGUAUGUAUGUGGGUGCAAUAUGGUAUUUAUGAUGAGAGAUUAUAGAUGUUAUUCAUCCUUGGCAACAUCAGGAGGCCUGUAUGUGUUUGUACAAGUGCAUGUGAGUAUGUCUGUGUGUGUCAGUGUGUUAGCAAGAAUCUCCAUUGGAUAGCUGUCAUUUCAAUGCAAUUAGCAAUGUCCUUUUUCUCCCCCCGCUGGCUGGUAAUUGCUGUUCCUUUCUAAGUGGUAUUAAAUUCAGAUGCAAUUUAAGAGAGUGCACAGUGCGAGAUUUCUAUCAGACGGGACUUAGCUGUCUAGUGGUACCUGACUGCUAUCUGUUUGAUGCCGAGAUAGCCGUGUUACAGGUCAUUUUGAUUUAGUCAGCGCUCAAGGCUACAUCAAUGGAAUAGUAAUUCAGUUUAUACAGUGCUUUUCCCUCAAAGCGCUUUACAAAAUUCAGACACUAAAGUAACAAUGCAUCAUCAUUGCGGUUUGUCAUUGCAUGCUAUAGAGUUACGCUCCCAUAGUGUCUGUCUGUGCUAGUGUGGUCAUGCAUAUGUAGGAGGUAGUGUGUAGAUGUCUAAAAGUACUCUGAUUUUCAUGUAUCGCACGGCUCCGCAGGUCUCUGAUUGGAUUAUUCCAUUGUGUAAAACAUCCCUGCUAUGGAUGUCACUGAAAAUGUUGCAUUCUAUGUGUCACCCUAUAUCUUUCCAUUCCAUUCGUUAGACCUGAUUGGUCGAAAACAUUCUAAAGGGCAUUAAAGGGACAGUUCAUUCAAAAAAGAACAUUCUUGCAUUUUUAAACUCACCCUCAUGUUGUUCUAAAACUGACUUUCUUUCAAAAAUAGUUUUUUGCUCACACAAUUAGUCAAUAGAGACAAGUGUUGUUUUAGAGGGAUAGUUCACACAAAAAUGAAAGUUCUGUCAUUAAUUACUCACCCUCAUGUCGUUCCAAACUCGAAAGACCUUAUCUUGUGUUAUUCCAUUCAUAUUCUGAACACAAAUUAAGAUAUUUUUGAGGAAAUCCAAGAGCUUUCUGACCAAUGCAACUGACACGUUCAAGGCCCAGAAAGGUAGUAAGGACAUCAUUAAAAUGUCCAUUAGUGACAUCAGUGGUUCAACCGUAAUGUUAUGAAGCUCCAAGAAUACUUAUUGUGGAGGAGGAGGAGACUGACACAAAACUAUGGACACACAUGGACUAUUUUAUCGAUGCCUUUACUACCUUUCUGGGCCUUCAGCAUGGUAGCUGCGUUGCUGUCUAUGCAGGGUCAGAAAGCUCUCGGAUUUAAUCAAAAAUAUCUUUAUUUGUGCUCUGAAGAUUGAUGAAGGUUUUACGGAAUGACAUGAGGGUGAGUAGUUACCCAGAUAGCAUGUGUACGUCUGCAAUACAUCUGUUACAGAUCACUUGAUCUGUACAAACAUCUGACAGAUGUCAGUUUUACAUGUGUUCUAAGUCAUAAACAUCUUAAAGACAUCUAAUAUAUGUCUAUUUGACAUCUGAUCGGACACGUCCUAUAGACAUAUUGCAACUGAGCAAACACUCUAAAAAAUACGUCUUGCAGAUGUAAAUGCAGACGUCAAAUAGACGUCUCCGUGAUGUGCGUGUGCUAUCAGGGUAAUGACAGAAUUUUCAUUUUUGGGUGAACUAUCCCUGUGAACCCGAUUGAUUUGCUUAAUAUGGACUAAAACAAUUGAAAAAUGUGUUAAAUUGUCUUUUGUUACACAGAAUAAAGAAUAAUUCUAAUAAAGAAUAAAGUCAAAGGUUUUGAAAACACAUGAGGGUGAGUAAACAGUUUUCAUUUUUGGAUGAACUAUCUCUUUAAUCUUUACUCAGAAUUCAAUAGGUGUGGAAUUAUCUCUCAAGAGUGAGGAAAACGAGCGGUGAGAAUGUAUAGAGUAUGAGAAGCCCAAGUAUCCUGUGGUGUUGUGCGUGUUCCAAGUAAACUCAACGUGCAGUUGUGUCCCACAGGUGCAUGAGAGGUUUCUGCCUCUCUUUUCCUCUCCUUAUUCCACCUGAGUGAUGCUCUACGGUCCCGUUCUUCCUUUUUGCACAAACACAACACAUGAACAUUUUGUAAAGAAGUGAUACUUCCUUUAUUUCAUGCCUAGAAAUGAUAAUAAAUGAUUUUAAAAUGUU